UAUCUUGUAUUAAAUUUUAAGUAUUGGGUCAUUUGGGUGGAUCUUAUGGAUUAAUCUACACCAAAGAUGAAAUAAGUCAAAUAACAUAACAAUAAUUGAUGGCUACUUGAUGCAAAUUAUAUUUCAACAUAAUUGAGUAGAAUGAUGUUAGUAAUAAUAUAAAUGCACAUUUCAUGUUUUAGUUGGAGCGAACAAUGGCGAUAAUAGCAUCCCAAAAUGCCACUUUGAAUGCUAAGAAUGAAUCCAAUGAAAGAGAGUUGGAGAUUUUGCAUCAGAAAUUGCAGUCUCUAAGAGAAACAAAGAUAGCAAUGGAGAAGAAAAUAGAUUUGUUGGAACAGCAGCUACGAGAGUCCAGAGAUGUAAAGCUGCAAGAGUUAAGUAUGAACAACAAAUGGAUGAAUGAAACAAAUCAUCUAGUAAAUAAAGUCAUUCCUGAUCUCAAGGAAAAGCUAAGGUUGUCAGAGCUAGAAAAAAGAGAAAUGAAUGAAAGGAUAAACUGCCUAACUGAAGAGAAGAGGGCCUUAGAUGAACAGCAGGCAGCAGAUACGCGUGCUAUUGCAGACUCCCGUGGAGUAAUAGAGGAGCAAAAGGAGGAAAUAGAAAAUUUGGGGAGGAAGGUUGUGGAACUGACAGCAACUGUGAGACGAACUAACGCUGAACGUGAUGCAGCGAAUACUGUGCUGGAUAUGGUGGUUGGUCAACAACAAAUAGCUGUUAACGAAUUAUUUAAUGAAAUAAUUAAUGAUGUAGAAAACCAAAUACAACGACGUGAGCUACAACAUCAGCCACGCAACGCCAACAGGCAACUAAGGCAAAAUGAUAUCUUCGGGGUCCAAGAACUAGCCGGAGAAGAUAAUCCGCCAGCUAUUGCGAAUCCUGGGCACGCUGAGCUCCAAGGUCAACCUAUUUUUGCACUUCAUGUUCAGCAGGUCAAUAGCAAAAAAGUGCACGAUCCGCAUUAGAAAUAUGGAAUGACUUGUGUGCCUGUGCGCGGGUGUGAACACGUAUCAGUUAGACCUUUUCUCGCAUCAUGGACAAUCAAAAGAAAUUAAUUAUGUAUGCUCUGUUGCAUUCAUGUUCGUUGGUGUCGUUAGAUGUAUUUUUGAACCUUUAUUUCUUUUUAAAGCAUUUUUCGCAGAUGCCUUUCAACGCAAGGUAUUGAAAUUUUCGUUUAAAAUACUGUCCUAGAUUACCUUUGAUUGUGUUCACUGCCUGUACGUUCUGGCAAGUAAACGUAUAGCUUUUUAAAAUUUUUUCCCACUUUACCUGAUAACGUGACAUUUUACGCUUCUAUUGAAGAUUACUCCUAUUCUUCGCUCAUUGUCGAGUGAA